GGCCCCUCGCAGGACUGCGGUGACGGCAGCGGUGGGGACGCGCAGUGCGUGGCCUGCCCUCCCAGGAAGUUCAAGGACCGCUGGGGACACCACGGCUGCAAGCCCUGCCUGUCCUGCGCCCUCAUCAACCGCCUCCAGAAAUCCAACUGCACGGCGACGGCCGACGCGGUCUGCGGGGAGUGCCUGCCGGGGUUUUACCGGAAAGCACGGAUCAGCGGGCAGCUGGAAUGGGAGUGCAUCCCCUGCACCAAGCAGACGCCCUCCUCUGAACCACAGUGUCGCUCCAGAACUAACCUGGUGAAGAUCGCCAUCCCCACUGUACCACCACAGGACACAGCCCUUCUUGCACUGACCAGCAGCGCCCUGAUCAUCAUCGUCCUGGUGCUUCUGGCACUCUCCAUCAUCUACUGCAAGCGCUUUUGGAAGAGCCAGUGCCAGCGAGUUUUCCUGAGGACUCAGAACUUCUCGGGCCAGCGAGCGAUGUUCCCGACCGCAGCGGCGCCCGGCAGGUUCCUGUGUGAGGAGCAGAUGUCUGGUCCCUGCUGCCUGGGUGUGAAGAACCUCAGCCCUUGCUACAGGCAGGCAGAAGGCCCUGUGGAAACAGUGCAGUUCAUUUCGGACGGGGAAGCUGUGGGUCUCCAGCUCCCCUCUCUCCAGCCAGAGAUGGACUUGCCACCAGCCGCUGUGAUCAGCACUGCCUCCAAGGCCCAGCUGGGCAGGAGCCUCCUGGAAAGCCAGCCCCUCAUCCGGGCCUCGGGCCAUGGGGACUGCCUGGCCGGGGUCCUGCCGCCCCCCGCCCCCAGGCAGGGCCAGCCGGGCACGGUGGAGGCCCUGGCCCCCCUCUCCUCCUGCGCCUCCGAGCUGCAGCACAAGUGGCCACAUGCACCAGUGGAGUGCACCGAGCUGGACCUCCAGAAGUUUUCCUCCCAGGCAGAGUUUGUGGGCAGCGAGCGGCCAGACGAUGCAGCGAGCCAGGCAGUGAAGAGGAUCCCAGCAGAGAGCAGUGGUGUGGUGCAGGAGGGGGCCCAUCGCUUGCCCCCCACCUUCCCAAAUCCCACCACCGAUAUUCCCCUUGGGGAACAGCCGGUGGAUGAUGCCCAGAGCCUGGUGACUCAGAUCAGCAGCGCAGCCAAGGGUCUCCUAAUUGCAGAGCUGCCCCAUUCCUUGGUGCAGUCGCUUGCCUUCUUGCUGGACCCUUCCUUGAAUGGUGUGAAGAACUUCGGCCAUGUGGCGCUGGAGCUGGGGCUCGUGCCCCAGGUGCUGGGACGGAUCUCAGGCUUUGAGCAGCUUGUCGCGCACUUCACCCACACGGGAGCUGCGGUGACCGUCCCGCUGCUGGCACAGGCGCUGCAGCGGCUCCAGCGCUUCGACGCCUUGCUCCUGCUCUGUGACCACUUCACACUCAGCCCUGUGACCGACCACCAGCACUAGAGGACGCAGAGGGAUGAGGAAAGCUCCAUGCACUGUUGGUGUGGGAGAGGAUCCGGUGGC